AUGCAUAGAUUUUUUAAAAGAAAAGUUCCAGAACCAGAAGAACAAAAUAUUGAAAAUGUUACAGUUGGAGAAUUUGAUUUUUCACAACUACAAGCAGAUCCUGGACUAAGGAUUCCAAUUUGUUCUUAUAAUGAUAACAUUAGAGAUCAAGUUCGAAGGAUAUAUUUGCAAAAAAGCACAUGUCAACCUUCAGGUUAUGAAUUCCCAAAACGAAAAUUUGGAGUAAGCCAAUUUAGACGGUUCAAUCCUUCAGGGUUUAAGGAAUUUGGUGAUUGGUUGGAAUAUAGUAUAGAAAAAGAUGCGGCGUAUUGUUUGUAUUGUUAUCUUUUCAAGACAACUAAGGGAAAACAAGCAGGAGGUGAGAUUUUUGUUAGCGAAGGAUUCACAAAUUGGAAGGGUAAAGAUAGAUUAAAUAUUCAUGUUGGCCAACAUGAUAGUGAACAUCAUAAAGCUCGAAUGAAUUAUGAAGCUUUGAUGAAUCAAGGUGAGCACAUCCAAUCAAUUUUGCACAAACAGUCAAAGCAAAUGCGAAGUGAUUAUCGUAUCUGUCUCACUGCUUCGAUUGAUUGUAUUAGAGUUCUGUUGCGACAAGGGAAUUCAUUUCGGGGUCAUGAUGAGACUGAAGGUUCUCUUAAUCAGGGUAACUUUCUUAUUCAAUUGGAGUUUUUAGGUGCUCAUAAUAAAGAGAUUAAUGAUGUGAUAUUGAAAAAUGCUCCUAAAAAUUGUAAGUUAACAUCAUCGGAUAUUCAGAAGGAUAUAGUAAGGGCUUGUGCAACUGAAACAAUUAAUGUUAUUAUCAAAGAUAUUGGUAAUUCAUUAUUCUCUAUUUUAGUUGAUGAAUCUCGUGAUGUGUCAAUAAAGGAGCAAAUGUCAGUUGUUUUGCGCUAUGUGGAUAGUAGUGGGCAUAUAAAUGAGCGUUUUAUUGGAAUUGAACAUGUUACUAGUACUACAACACUCUCACUUAAAGCUGCUAUCGAUAAGAUGUUCGCUAAAUAUAAUUUGAGCAUAUCUAAUCUUCAACUAGCUCUUAUAGCUGUGGACAAGAAAAAUCUUCCAAUUUCUAAUUUCUUUCGUAUUGUUGGUGAUGUAGUAAAUGUUGUUGGAUCAUCCUGCAAACGUUCUGAUCUUCUUAAGGAGAAACAUUCAGAUUUUCUUGUUGAGGCACUAGAGAGGGGUGAAAUUUCAAGUGGUCGAGGGCUUAAUCAAGAAACUACCCUUCAACGUGCUAGAGAUACACAUUGGGGGUCACAUUACAAUUCUUUGAACAGUUUGAUUUCUAUGUUCUCUGCUGUCAGUGAUGUGCUUGAAUGA